CAUGCGGGCUGUGGGCAUCCUGAGCUGGCUUCUGCUCCUCCUGAUGCUGCUGCUGCCGGUGGCCCAGGUGACAGGUGCCCGACCCUGCAUCCCCAAGGAUUUUGGGCACGGCUCAGUGGUCUGUGUGUGCAAUGCCACGUACUGUGACACGCUGGACCCCCUGGUCCUGCCAGCACCAGGCUCCUACGUCAAGUAUGAAAGCAGCAAGGCUGGCAAGCGGCUGGAGCGGAGCGAGGGGAAAUUCCAGCGCAGUCUGCCCAGCCCAGGGCUGCUGCUGACCCUCGACAUCUCCACGCUGUACCAGCACGUCAAAGGCUUCGGUGGGUCCCUCUCCGAUGCUGCUGCCAUGAACAUCCUGAAGCUGUCCCAGCCAGCCCAGGACAACCUGCUGCGCUCCUACUUCUCCGAGAGCGGGAUCGAGUACAACCUCGUCCGGGUGCCCAUGGCUUGCAGCGACUUCUCCGUGCGCCCCUACAGCUACGAUGAUGUCCCCAACGACUACGAGCUGAAGCACUUCAGGCUGGCGGACGAGGACGUGAAGAUGAAGAUUCCCCUCCUGCGCCGGGCUCUGGCCAUGAGCAAGCGGCCGCUGCUGCUGUUUGGCAGCCCCUGGACCGCCCCAGCCUGGAUGAAGAGUAACGGGGACGUCCGUGGCAAGGGGACUCUGAAGGGGAAGGCAGGGGACAAGUACCACAAGACCUGGGCCAACUACUUCAUCAAGUUCCUGGAUGAAUAUGCCAAGCACAACGUGACCUUCUGGGCGGUGACAGCACAGAACGAGCCUCUGGCAGGGCUCCUCACGCCCCCCCAGGGUCCCACCAUCGCCUUCACGGCCGCUCAACAGCGGGAUUUCAUCAGCCAGGACCUGGGCCCCGCGCUGGCCCGCAGCCCCCACGGCACACGGCUCCUCAUGCUCGACGACCAGCGCAUCCACCUCCCCCACUGGGCCAAAGUGGUCCUGGGAAAUGCCACCGCUGCCCGUUACGUGGCUGGCCUGGCCGUGCACUGGUACCUGGAUGCCAUUGUCCCACCUGGCUGCCUGGAGACCACCCACAAGCUCUUCCCUGACCAUUUCCUCCUCUACACGGAGGCCUGCACUGGUUUCUUCAUGUUCCGCUUCGCCGUGUCCCUGGGCUGCUGGGAGCGGGGGGAUCACUACAGCUACAGCAUCCUGACGGUCAUGAACCACUUUGUGUCUGGCUGGACCGACUGGAACCUGGUGCUGGAUCUGGAGGGAGGCCCCAACUGGGUCAAGAACUUUGUGGACAGCCCCGUGAUCGUGGACGGCGACAAGGACGUUUUCUACAAGCAGCCCAUGUUCUACCACCUGGGCCACUUCAGCAAAUUCAUCCCCGAGGGCUCCCGGCGGGUUGGGCUGCGCAGCAGCCGCCGCUGCCUCCUCUGCCAGCUGGAGCACGUGGCCGUCCUUCGCCCCGACGGUGCCCUCGUCCUGGUGGUCCUCAACAGGUUUGGCCGGGAUGUGCCAUUUGGGAUCCAGGACCCUGCCGUGGGUUUCAUUGAGACUGUGGCUCCAGCCCACUCCAUCCAGACCUACCUGUGGCGCCAGCAGUGAUAGCCAGGGGUGUGCUGGGGGGCUCUGGGGGGCUCUGGGGGGCUCUGGGGGGUCCACUCUGAGGGGGUCAAGCCUUCCUCCAGCAUCCCUGAAGGGUGGAAGAAGAUGCUGACCCAUCGCUGGGAGUGCUCCGGGUUCUGCUGCUUCCCAUCCUCCCCUCCCUGCCGGCGCUUCCCAUCCCCCUGGAAGUUGCCUUUGCACCGUCUCCUGGAGAACACUUCCACACGUGGCCCCCGUGAAGGCUUCGCGUGUGCGGCGGGCGCCAAGUGAAGCCAUGACGCUCUCCCUCCGGAAUGCGCCGUUCCCGGCAGCGUUUCCUCGGAAAUCUCGCUCGGUUUUUCCUCGCCGGGGCCAGGGGUGCCCCGGGGGCUCCGGCCCCCGUGGCCUGCGGGUGGCUCUUUGUUUAUCCCUGCAGCUGGAGCCUCUGCUGCUGCCAGCCCUUGAUUCGUUCCAUAUGUGCUGUUGGUUUUCCCAAACCUACUUUUUUAAAAAAAAAAUAAUCCCCAAAUGUCA